AUGCCAAAUACAGCAUGGUACCCUGAUUCGGGAGCCUCUCACCACUGCACCUAUGAUGCACGAAACCUAGCCACAGGAACUAGUUAUGAUGACACAGAACAGGUCUUUGGAGGUAAUGGUCAAGGCCAUACAACCAAACCAAAUUCAGUCAUCGAUCACAGAAAUGCAUCUUCAUUGGCUAUGCUGCAGAUCAUAAGGGAUACACUUGUCUCUCUUCAAAUGGAAAAGAGUUCACAUCCAGAGAUGUCAUUUUCAAUGAAUCUGAGUUCCCCUACAAUGAGCUAUUCCCCCCCCCCCAAAACCACUGCUAUCCCACCAUCCCAAACUUCUCCUCCUCUCUACCUACCCCUACCCAAUACCCCAACUGUUAUCCCUCCUAGAGUUCCUUCCCCACCCCAACCAUCCCCACCCACCAUGACUCCACAAUUCACCCAAUCCCCGCUACCCAGCCCCCUUCCACCCUUGCAUACAUUGAAUGAUACUUCCAAUAUAAUUAAUUCAGUUCCUGAUUCAUUAUCUACAUUACCUGGCUCUGUAACUCAUGAUUGUGUUUCUGAUUUUGCUAAUGACCCUGUCAGUGUUCCUUCGUUCACCACAGGUACCCUGCAACCAGGUCGCCUUGAAGUUGUCCUGCCACUUCCUCAACCAGCACUAAUCAAUCGUCAUCCUAUGCUAACUCGGAGCAAGACAGGGAACCUCAAACCCAAAACCUAUGCUGCAGUCCUCACCAUCCCUGCCUCCGAUCUCACUGAAUCUCUCCCUUCCUCUGUUCAACAGGCGCUGGCCAGCCACCACUGGAAACAAGCUAUGCAGGAGGAGUUUGAUGCUCUGAUGCGCAACCAAACCUGGCAGCUGGUACCCAAACCCCCCCCCCACCACACACUGACCCAUUCAUUGGCUCCAAAUGGGUGUUUCGCGUCAAAAGGCACCCAGAUGGCACCAUUCAGAAGUAUAAAUCUAGCCUUGUCGCGAAAAGGUUUCACCAACGAGAAGGGGUCAACUAUGACCAAGUCUUCAGCCAUGUUGUCCGCUCACCCACAGUUCGCAUCAUGCUCAGCCUCGCACUCUCCAAGGGAUGGCCCAUCCGGCAAUUUGACUUCAAUAAUGCCUUCCUCAAUGGGGAUCUACAUGAGACCAUUUUCAUGUCUCAACCAGGAGGGUUCACCUCUCCCACUCAACCUCACCAUGUCUGCAAGCUCCAAAGGUCCCUCUAUGGCCUCAAACAAGCCCCUCGAGCAUGGUUCACAAAGCUCAAGGACACUCUCAACCGAUUUGGCUUCACGAACACCAAAUCUGAUUCAUCACUAUUCACCAGGUUUUCCCCUUCCUCAGUCAUCUACAUUCUCAUUUAUGUGGAUGAUAUCUUGGUCACCGGGAGCUCCCAAGCUGAAAUUUCUACCCUAA